GAACAAUAAACAAAGCUAAGUAUCCGAAAAUUUUGCAAAUAAAUUCACGAUAAAAACUCGCACGUGAGAAUUAGCUCAUUAUGUGACUGUCUAAAGUGUCAAUAAGCGCCGGAGAUUUAAUUUCUGCAUAUUUGCGCGAUUUAUUGCACAUUUGCCAAAUACAGUAAGAAAAAUAAUAUAACUCAGGUAGUGUUUGGUGCUACGGUAAAUGCCAGCAGUUUUCAGCUGAAUAUUAGACUGAUAUGCGAAAAAACUUCGAAAACCAGAGAAGAUUGACCGGACUUGACAAUGAUGCUCUGUAUUUUAGAGACGAUAGCAGUUCCUGUGGGAGUAGUAGAGAAAAUAUUCGACUCGGCCCUUACCUUGAUUUUGGCAAUGAACUGGACAAGGAGUUUCCUCGAGUCAGCAGCCAAGUCCCUUUAUCUCCGAGGGGUGACGAGGAUGACAGAAGCUACCAAUACUCGGAAGCGGAAGUAGAAAGAGGCACAUGGACGGGAAAAUUUGAUUUCUUACUCUCUCUGCUAGGCUACUCUGUAGGACUAGGAAAUGUCUGGAGGUUUCCAUACCUUUGCUACAGUAAUGGCGGCGGUGCCUUUCUCAUCCCUUUCAUUUGCAUGAUGUUAUUGGCUGGUCUCCCGCUCAUGUUCAUGGAACUCUCAUUCGGACAAUAUGCCAGUACUGGACCUAUUGCCAUUUUUGAAAGGUUUUGCCCUCUCUUUACAGGUCUUGGCUACGGUAUGGUGAUAGUAUCAGGGACAGUAAUGUUGUAUUACAAUAUGAUCAUUGCAUGGACAAUCUUCUACAUGUUUGCUUCUUGGAAUAGUCGGUUACCAUGGGAACACUGCGCACCAGAAUGGAGUACUUCAGCUUGUUACUCGUACAGCGACGCACAGGAUUGCACGACAAAAAAUGGCACCUAUUUUAAUCGCACUUGCUUUGACGCUAACUAUUCCUUGGCUCACAAUCUCAGUAGUCUUGUCAAGAAUAUGACUAAAAAACCACCCGCGGACGAGUACUUCGUCCAUUACGUUUUGGGUGAGUCGUCGGGCAUCGAAGAAACUGGAGGUGUCCGCUGGACACUUGCUCUUUGUCUUGUCUUGGCCUGGAUUAUCGUAUUCCUCUGCUUGAGCAAAGGUGUGCAGUCUUCAGGAAAAGUAGUCUACUUCACGGCUCUGUUUCCAUAUGUGGUGCUGGUGAUCUUAUUCUUCCGAGGGGUGACGCUGCCCGGUGCCAAAGAAGGAAUCCUUUUUUACGUCACGCCCAACUGGAGCCGAUUAGCUACAGCCCAAGUAUGGGGAGACGCAGCCGUCCAGAUUUUCUUCGCUCUGAGUCCUGCCUGGGGCGGCCUCAUUACUUUAUCCUCCUACAACAAAUUCCACAAUAAUUGUUACAAAGAUUCCCUGAUCGUCUCCAUCAGCAACGUUCUAACGAGCAUCUUCGCUGGUUUCGUCAUUUUCUCAGUAAUCGGGUACCUUGCGCACGAGCUCAACGUCGAGGUAGACAAGGUAGUGGACCAAGGCGCAGGCCUGGCUUUUAUCGUUUAUCCGGAAGUGGUAGCCCGUCUUCCUGUAGCCCCCUUGUGGGCCUUCCUCUUCUUCUUCAUGCUACUCACCCUGGGCCUUGACAGCCAGUUUGCGCUUUUAGAAACUGUUACAACGGCCAUCUUGGAUCAUUUUCCUGCUCUCCGUGAAAAGAAGACAUGGGUUGUAUUUUUCCUGAGCAUCUUGGGAUAUACUGGAGGAAUCAUUUUCACAACAAAUGCUGGUGUUUACUGGCUACAACUGUUUGACAAGUAUGCCGCCAAUUUUUCUGUUCUUAUCAUCGCUAUCUGUGAAUGCCUUCUUGUAUCUUGGAAUUAUGGUGCCGAAAGAUUUCUAAGAGAUAUCGAAAAGAUGAUAGGUUCUAGGUCCUAUGUCUGGUCGAUAUUUUGGGCAAUAAUGUGGAGGAUACUGACUCCAGCAACUCUGGUGUUUAUUUUAGUAUUCAACUGGAUUGAGUAUACACCUGCUAAAAGUGGCACUUACGUGUAUCCUGCUUGGGCAAAUGCUGUAGGUUGGGUCAUAGCCUUCUUUCCAGUGGCUGUAAUUGUCAUCAUGAUGUUCUACAAACUUUGCACUAUCACCAAGAGACCAUUCCGAGAGAAAAUGAGUCUCCUGAUGCAGCCAACAGACGAAUGGGGACCACCACCGAAAUUAGCCACUUUCAAGACUGGCGAUCCUGCCGAAGAUACAGUAACCGACUACAUCCGCAAGAACUCGUUUGACAAUCCUUCCUUUAAUGUAACUUAUACUUUUGAAACCGCUAUAUGAUAGAUAAUUCCCGCGAGGAAUGGAUCGACGUGCUGCUAGGAAGCCGGCGAUUCCUCUUCGUGUAUUGCGACUAAGAUACGUUUCAAAGAAGUGCCACUGUUAACCUGUUGGAAAAUGCAUCCAUAGCGACAGGAUCUAUGAAUGUUAUUUAUUCUUGAAAGUCAGUCAACGAGCGUGUGAUACUAAAAAUAUUUGAAUUCAAAAACAGAUUUUAUGCUCGUUUUUGUUUUUGAUUUAUAUUUUUUUGUUUAUGUAAAUUAUCAUUGUACUUCACUGGACAUUGCUUUUUUCAACAGCAUAUUCUGUUUUCCAUUUUGUAUAGAUAUCAAAGAAAUGUUCCUUUGUACUAUAAAAAGCAUUACAUUUUAAACACAUGGUUAUAGUUAACAUACAUGUUAAAGUUAUAUGUACAGAACUAUAAAUUUUUAAUAUCUCAGAUACUUCACAUUCCAUGAGUGAGACUUUAUUUUUCAGUAUUUUUAUACAAAAGCAGCAUCUUUAUCUUAUUAUUUAUUACAAUGGAGUAACAUUAUGUAAGAAACAUCGCCUAUAAAUGUCUUUAUUUUAAUGCAGUUAUUCAUUAAAAAGCGAAAGCAAAAUUUGAAAAGUGAGUUGCCGUGAAUAUUUAGAUUAUCUAAAAAUUAUCCUUUGUUAAAAACAAUGUUGUCGCUUCCAAAUUUAUUUUUGAUUGUUUAUCGAUUUUUGUUCCUGUUUUAGUAUUUAAUAAAUAAGGCAUUUAAUUAAAUGCGUAUUUUCUGCAGUUUUUGAAUUUUUUAUCGAGUUUUUAUACUUAAGAAACAUUUACUCUUCUGUAUUAGCACAAAUAUUUAACUGCACAUAAUUUUAAAUUCAUUUGAAAAUAUUCUUGUUUCUCAUAUGAAAGAGAGGUAUACAUAUCUCAAGACACUUCUGAGGCAUUGUCAUUUUGUAAUAUAACUUGAAAACGCAAAUUAAAGGAAUUUAAAUUUUAUUCAUCGAUCAUUUAAAGUUAUAAUAAUGCAUUUAGUAAUACUUAAUGAAAUAAAAAGUUAUGUUACAUUUUGUGGCAGUGAAAAAAGAUUUCUUGGCUUAUAUAUUAAUAUCGAAACGUAACUUAUUUAUUUUUAUUGAAUUAUAUUAUACGAACUUUAAAGUAGGCUUUUCUGACACAGAAGAGAGAAUAUUCAGGUUUUGGGCUAAUAUUUUUUUUUUUUUUUUUUUUUUUACAUUCCUCUCUAUUUUAAAAAUGCUGUGUGAAUUUAAAUCAUAAUUUAUGUGAUUACUAAUUAAAAUACUCUUUAUGUGAAAUAUUAUAGGCAAAUACUUUGUAAUGCUAUUUUUUUCCCUUGAAAUGAAUGAGCCUUUCUUGAAUUUAAUAAUAUGCUUUCUCUGAAUUUUUUUUACAGAUUGAUAAGACUAUUACUAAAUAGCAUAAUCUCAACAAAUAAACAUAGUAUUAUUUAUUCCAUUUAGAUAUUUAAAAAUACGAGUUUAUAUUUGGAUUCUAAUGUCUUUUAUUACUUGUUAAUGUUUCUAUUACAAACCAUUCAUGAUAUUAAAUAAUUUGGAGCAAUUAAAGAUGUCUCAGAAAUCUGCAUCUACAUUUUUUUUUACUUCAAUAAAAUUUAGGAGGGCUCAGAUGCGUAGUUUUAACCUAUUUUUUUAAUUAAUAUUUCCACCAUUUCUUAUUCUAAAUACUUAAAAGCCAAAUACUUUCUCAAAACGUUAGUACGCAUAAUAUACUUUUCUGCUCGAUUAAAAUGAGGCAUAAGUGUUUCAUGUCUCGUGUACGAUUAGAUGAUAAAAAUGAACAACUGAUUUUAACUGUUUAUGUAUCGUUUCUAAAGUAAGCUUCUGUUUGAAAUUUGACUUGAUCACAUGAAUUAUUUCAAUC